AUGUUGCGUCUGUCCGUUUCCAGGCAGAUGCUAGCACCCGGCCAGCUCGGUCUUAACGGGGCUCUUUCCAACGGAAUCAGGUGUUUUUCCGUCUCCAGCACCGCCGCCAACCAGAACCAAGGCAAGUCGCCUCUUGAAGUCUUCUUCAACACUUUCAAGACUGAAAUCAAAAAGUCCAACGAGCUUAAAGAAAACAUCAAGGCUUUGCAAGAUGAAACCGGUAGAGUCGCUGAGUCUGAUGCUUUCAAGAAGGCCAAAGAGGCAUACGACAAGGCCCAGAAGGGUUCUUCAGCAGCAGGUAAAAUGGCCAAAAAGACCGCCACUGCUGUUGGUGGCGCUGCCUACAAAGCAUGGGAUUCUCCUGUUGGUAAAGGUGUCAGACUUACUGUUAAAACUGGUGCCGAUGCCGCCGACAAGGCGUUUGACCCAGUGAGACAGACUCAGGUCUACAAGGAUAUGAGUGAUGUCAUUGAUGACGGAUCGCUGAAUAUGUACGGUGGAUUCCUCACAAAGGAACAGAGAGAAGCAUUAAGAAAGAAGGAACUACAAGAGAGACUCCUCAAGGGCAAGGUGUGGAAGCCAGUGAAGGAGAACGAGAACACCUCGGGUGCACUUGUGGCCACGGAACAUAAGGCUAGAGGCCCCAGUGCGUCUGAAAAGUGGGAGCAGUUCAAGUUGAAGAACCCUCUUGGUAGAGGUUUUGUUUACUUGAAGGAGAAGUGGGAGGACAGUGAGAACGGAUUGAUUGCACUUAUCCGUACCAUCUUUGAAAAGGUGACUGGCUUCUUCUCUGAAACCGAACAGGCUAAGGUCAUCAAGCAGUUCAGAAUGAUGGACCCUAACUUCCGUGUUACCGACUUCACCAAGACCUUGACCAACUACAUUGUGCCAGAGUUGUUGGAUGCUUACAUCAAGAACGACGCCGACGUGUUGAAGAAGUGGCUCAGUGAGGCUCCUUUCAACGUGUGGCAGGCUAACAACAAGCAGUUCAUCCAGCAAGGUUUGUUCUCGGAUGGUAGAAUCUUGGAUAUCCGUGGAGUGGACAUUGUCACCUGUAAGAACCUCCAGCCAAACGACACCCCAGUGAUUGUGGUGAGCUGCCGUGCCCAGGAGGUUCACUUGUACAGAAAGGCCAAGACUGGCGAGGUGGCUGCUGGUACUGCUGACCAUAUCCAGAUGAGUACCUACGCCAUGGUAUUUACUAGAGUUCCUGAAGAAAUGGACAACGACGUGACCGAAGGUUGGAAGGUGAUUGAGUUUGCUCGUGGUGGUUCCAGACCAUUCCACUAA